CUAAACUUCCAGGGGCUGGCCCCCUGCAGCCUGGUCCAAUCAGGCACCAACAUAAAGCCCUCGGACACUGACCACCGCUGUAGCCCGCGCUUUCUUCCUUAUAUGAAAAGACCUGCCCUGGAUGCCCGGCCCGGACUAUAAAACCCCUCCCCACCCCUCAUACCUUGCAGACUCCCUUUGUCUCCUCACUCACCCACCCCCGGGAGUUCUGCCCGAGAGCGGGGCUCAAUAAAAAGGCCUUUACUACCGGUCAUUAGAGGCGGCUUUUUUCUCCCGCGGCGUUUCCUAACAUCUGGCGCCCCAACGUGGGGCUCGGGUUGAGGGGCCCCUGGCACUCGCCGCUGAGGCCCCCCUCGAGCUCCACCGCCGCGGUAGCCCCGGACCCAGGCGGCUGACCAACCCCCCGGACGGCAGGAUACGGGGACUUAGCACAGAUCGAGGCCAAGCUGGGAUCCUUUUCCUCCAACCCCACUCAGUACAUUAAGCAGUUUACUGGUCUGACCCGCGCCUAUGCCUUAACAUGGCAGGACAUAUAUGUCAUCCUGGGGUCUACCACCACCCCCGAAGAGAGGCAGGCCAUUUGGAUGGCAGCCAGGGCUCAGGCCGACCAGCGGCACUGUGCCAACCCCUCCCCCGAGCGCCCCCCGGGAGCUCAGGCAGUUCCUGACACCGACCCUGAUUGGAACUACCAGGAAGGGGGUGGCGGCCAGCUGCGGGUACGCUAUAUGAUAGAGUGUCUCCUCGAUGGGAUGGAAACGUCCUCUCAUAAGGUUGUAAACCUCCUCAAACUAGAUGAGGUGACUCAGGGGCCCGACGAAAACCCAGCCAUGUUUCUUAAUCGGCUGACUGAGGCCCUUGUUCAAUACACCAGACUGUCCCCUGAGUCCCCCAUGGGGGCAGCUACCUUGGCCAAUCGUUUUAUCUCCCAGUCCGCACCUGACAUCCGAAAAAAGCUGGCCAAGGCCGAGGACGGCCCUCAGACCCCUAUUCGAGACCUGGUAAAAAUGGCCUUUAAAGUUUAUAACGCCCGUGAAGAAACUGCUGAGGCCAGCCGAAAGGCAAGGCUCAAACAAAAGGCCGAAUUUCAGGCAAGCCUCCUAAACCAGCAAACUCAGGCCUUGGUAGCAGCCCUCCGGCCGGCGACGGGCUCAGGGCCCCAAAACCCCCCUCCGGGGGCCUGCUUCAAGUGCGGCCAAGAAGGACACUGGGCCAAGAUGUGCCCCAAUCCGCGGCCUCCUUCCAAGCCGUGCCCGUUGUGCAAACAACGAGGACACUGGGCUAGUGACUGUCCCCGGGCCUCUCGGGCUCCGACCUCUAGGGGCCGGAGACCAGAGCGCCCCAGGGAGACCUCCUGCCCUCCUCCGGCCUCGGAACUGCUGAGCGUCAAUGAUGACUGAUGCCGCCCAGACUCGGGGACCCCAAUAACCCAAGCCGAGCCUAGGGUAACGCUCCAGGUAGCGGAUCUCCCAGCAGGUGGCUACGGCUCUGGGCAUCGACUGGCAUCUCCACAUCCCCUAUCGGCCCCAAUCGUCAGGCAAAGUAGAACGGGUAAACGGCAUCAUCAAGACGCA